UAUGCCAUAUUUGAUCAUGCAGGUGUUUGUGGGCCUGAUCAAUCUGCGCAAGAUCUGCAACCACCCAGACCUCUAUGAUGGGGGGCCGAAAGUGUUUCGUGACACAGAUGUUGCCGCACUGCCGCCUGAGAUGCGCUAUGGUUUCCCUGGCCGCUCAGGAAAGAUGGCUGUUGUGGAGUCCCUGCUACGGCUCUGGAAGAAACAGGGCCAUCGGGUGCUGCUCUUUACGCAAAGCCGCCAGAUGCUGGUGAUUCUGGAGCGCUUUGUCCAGGAGCAGGGCUACAAAUACAUGGUGAUGACUGGUGCCACGCCCAUUGCUUCCCGGCAGCCAGCCAUCACCAAGUUCAAUGCGGUGAGUUCAUUUUGCUCUGCCAGAGAGGCAGGCACUCCAUGAAGACAUGUUUGGAUC